AUGAGCCUCAGAGAGGAGCAGGUGAAGAGCUUCCUGGACGGGAACCCCGACUUCGCCCACCAGUACUUCGGGAAGAAGCUCAGCCCCGAGAAUGUGGCCGCGGCCUGUGACAACGGGCGCCCCACAGACUGCGGCAGCCUUCAGGAGCUGUGCCAGGUGGAGGAGAGCGCGGUGCUGUUCGAGCUGGUGCAGGACAUGCAGGAGAGCAUCAACAUGGAGCGGGUGGUCUUCAAGAUCCUGCGGCGGCUCUGCACCAUCCUUCGCGCCGACCGCUGCAGCCUCUUCAUGUACCGCCAGCGCAACGGCGUAGCCGAGCUGGCCACGCGGCUCUUCAGCGUGCAGCCGGGCAGCGUCCUGGAGGAGUGCCUGGUGCCCCCUGACUCCGAGAUCGUCUUCCCUCUGGACAUAGGGGUCGUGGGCCACGUCGCCCAGACCAAGAAGAUGGUGAAUGUCCAGGACGUGACAGAGUGUCCCCACUUCAGUCCUUUCGCUGAUGAGCUCACGGACUACGUGACAAAGAAUAUCCUGGCCAUGCCCAUCAUGAACGGCAAAGAUGUCGUGGCUGUGAUCAUGGCUGUGAACAAGCUCGACGGCCCGUGCUUCACAAGCGAAGAUGAAGAUGUUUUCUUGAAGUAUCUGAAUUUUGCCACAUUAAACCUGAAGAUCUAUCACUUGAGCUACCUCCACAACUGCGAGACUCGCCGAGGCCAGGUGCUGCUGUGGUCAGCCAACAAGGUGUUUGAGGAGCUGACAGACAUCGAGAGGCAGUUCCACAAGGCCUUCUACACUGUGCGGGCCUAUUUGAACUGCGACCGAUACUCGGUGGGCCUCCUGGACAUGACCAAGGAGAAGGAAUUCUUUGACGUGUGGCCUGUGCUGAUGGGAGAAUCCCAGCCGUACUCAGGCCCACGCACACCUGACGGCCGAGAAAUCGUCUUCUACAAAGUCAUUGACUACAUCCUCCACGGCAAGGAAGACAUCAAAGUCAUUCCCACUCCACCGGCCGACCACUGGGCCCUGGCCAGCGGCCUUCCAACCUACGUGGCAGAAAGUGGCUUUAUUUGUAACAUCAUGAAUGCCUCCGCUGAUGAAAUGUUCCAAUUUCAGGAGGGUGCCCUGGAUGACUCGGGCUGGGUCAUCAAGAACGUGCUGUCCAUGCCCAUCGUCAACAAGAAGGAGGAGAUCGUGGGUGUUGCAACGUUUUACAACAGGAAAGAUGGGAAACCCUUUGACGAACAGGACGAAGUCCUAAUGGAGUCCCUGACGCAGUUCCUGGGCUGGUCUGUGAUGAACACCGACACCUACGACAAGAUGAACAAGCUGGAGAAUCGCAAGGACAUCGCGCAGGACAUGGUUCUCUACCACGUGAAAUGCGACAAGGAUGAAAUCCAGGCCAUCCUGCCAACCAGGGAGCGCCUGGGGAAGGAGCCGGCUGACUGCGAUGAGGACGAGCUGGGGUUGGUCUUGAAGGAAGAGCUGCCGGGGCCCAAGAAGUUUGACAUCUAUGAGUUCCAUUUCUCUGACCUGGAGUGCACGGAACUGGAGCUGGUCAAAUGUGGCAUCCAGAUGUACUACGAGCUGGGCGUGGUCCGCAAGUUCCAGAUCCCCCAGGAGGUCCUGGUGCGGUUCCUGUUCUCUAUCAGCAAAGGGUACCGGAGAAUCACCUACCACAACUGGCGCCAUGGCUUCAACGUGGCCCAGACGAUGUUCACGUUGCUCAUGACGGGCAAGCUGAAGAGCUACUACACGGACCUGGAGGCCUUCGCCAUGGUGACAGCCGGUCUGUGCCACGACAUUGACCACCGUGGCACCAACAACCUGUACCAGAUGAAGUCCCAGAAUCCCUUAGCCAAGCUCCAUGGCUCCUCAAUUUUGGAACGGCACCACCUGGAGUUUGGGAAGUUCCUGCUCUCGGAGGAGAGCUUGAACAUCUACCAGAACCUGAACCGGCGUCAGCACGAGCAUGUGAUCCACCUCAUGGACAUUGCCAUCAUCGCAACGGACCUGGCGCUCUAUUUCAAAAAGAGGACAAUGUUCCAGAAGAUCGUGGAUGAGUCCAAGAACUAUGAGGACAAGAAGAGCUGGGUGGAGUACCUGUCCCUGGAGACGACGCGGAAGGAGAUUGUCAUGGCCAUGAUGAUGACAGCCUGCGACCUGUCUGCCAUCACCAAGCCCUGGGAAGUCCAGAGCAAGGUCGCUCUUCUGGUGGCCGCUGAGUUCUGGGAACAAGGUGACUUGGAAAGGACAGUCUUGGAUCAGCAGCCCAUUCCUAUGAUGGACAGGAACAAGGCAGCCGAGCUCCCCAAGCUGCAGGUUGGCUUCAUCGACUUCGUGUGCACAUUCGUGUACAAGGAGUUUUCCCGUUUCCACGAAGAGAUCCUGCCCAUGUUUGAACGGCUGCAGAACAACAGGAAGGAGUGGAAGGCGCUGGCCGAUGAGUAUGAGGCCAAAGUGAAGGCCCUGGAGGAGAAGAAGAAGGAGGAGGAGCAGCCGACCAAGAAAGUGGGCACAGAAAUUUGCAAUGGCGGCCCAGCACCCAAGUCUUCAACCUGCUGCAUCCUGUGAGCACCAGUCCCGUGGGGACCCGACGGCUCCCACACUCCACUCAUACACUAGGACUCAGGCCCUGCCUGUGGCAGUUUGGUACAAGAGGUUAGGAAGCCCAAGAAAAUGACUGAAGAUAACUUUGGAUAUUUU